CGACGCACCCUUUCUCAAUCUCUCUGGAGAGAGUAACACAGACUAAUAUAAUAGAAAUCAAGAGAGAGAUAGAGAGAGGAAAUUAAAAAGAGAGAACCCCGAAGAAGAUAAUAUUUAGAGUUUGGUCCGAAAGAUUCUAUUUCUGAUCAUUUUACACCCCCUGAAAGAGUUGAGCUUUUGUGAAAGCCGCCAUGUGUGGAGGAGCUAUAAUCUCCGAUUUCAUACCGCCGCCGAGGUCCCGCCGCGUGACGAGCGAGUUUAUAUGGCCGGAUCUGAAAAACAAAGGGAAAGUAUCGAAGAAGAGAUCGACGAAGCGAUCAGAUUUCUUCGAUCUGGACGAAGAAUUUGAAGCUGAUUUCCAAGGGUUUAAGGAUGAGUCGUCUUUUGAGUGCGAUGAUGAUGUCUACGCAAAUGUGAAGCCUUUUGUCUUCAACGCAACUACCAAACCUGUAGCUUCACCUGCCUCCGCCUUCGUCUCUACUGGUUUUACUUCUGCCAAGAAAACUGUAGAGUCCGAUGGCCAAGCUGAGAAAUCUUCUAAGAGGAAGAGGAAGAAUCAGUACCGUGGGAUUAGGCAGCGCCCAUGGGGCAAAUGGGCCGCUGAGAUUCGUGAUCCCAGGAAAGGCUCCCGAGAAUGGCUUGGAACGUUUGACACAGCUGAGGAAGCAGCAAGAGCCUACGAUGCUGCAGCACGCAGAAUCCGCGGUAGCAAAGCUAAGGUCAAUUUCCCAGAGGCGAAGAUCCCUAGCAUCUCCCAGAAACGCCCUAGCGUUAGGACCAGUAAUCUUCAGAAACCAGUUGCUAAACCAAACCAAAGCCCAACAUUGGUUCAGCAGCCAACAUAUCUGAGUCAGCAGUACUGCAACAACUCUUUUGACAACAUGGGACAUGAGUCUUUUGGUGAUGUGAGUUUCAUGGAAGAGAAACCUCAGAUGUACAACAAUCAGUUUGGUGUAACAAACUCGUUUGAUGCUGGAGGUAACAACGGAUACCAGUACUUCAGCUCUGAUCAGGGCAGUAACUCAUUUGACUGCUCUGAGUUCGGGUGGAGUGAUCACGGCCCCAAAACACCCGAGAUCUCGUCAAUGCUAGUCAAUAAUAACCAAGCUCCGUUCAUUGAAGAAACCAAUGCAGCCAAGAAGCUUAAACCUAACGCCGAGGACAGGAUGAACCACAAUGAUGAGUCUGAUGAUCUCAUGGUAUACCUUGACAACGCCUUAUGGGACACUCCACUAGAAGUGGAAGCUAUGCUUGGCCCAGAUGCUGGUGCGGUGACUCAGGAAGAGGAAAACCCAAUGGAACUGUGGAGCUUAGAUGAUAUCAGUUUCAUGCUGGAAGGAGACCUUUGAAGUGAUUGAUGGUUCCUUAGUUUGUAAAUAAAGCUGUGUGUUGGAUUUUGCUGUUGGGGGAUGGUACAAGUCACGCCUAGCUCUUGUCUCAAUGGUAUCUAUCUUAUGAGUCUUCCUUUUCCCUUGGGAGGGUCUCUUUAAGUUUUCUGAAUAAAAAAGGUGUGAUGAAGUAUAUAGAGGUAUGAUAUAUCUAAUGAGUCAAUGUAUGUUCCUUCAUUUUUGUCUUUCUUUCUAUUUAAAUGACAGUUUAUUAAUCUUCUGAGCUCUCUUGUCAUAGCGUAUCAUCACCCUCGAAUGUGUUUUUGUUUUGUUUUGUACCCCCUAAACAUAUUUAACAUUAUAAUAAAAUUAUCUUUGGAACCU